AUGGAUAGUGGCGGCGCCAGUAAUGGUCCCGGGGGCCAAGAAGAUGUUGAUCUUUACGAGCUGCUCGGAGUGGAGAGGACAGCAACCCCAGACCAGAUCAAGAAGGCCUACAGGAAGGCUGCCCUGCAACACCAUCCUGACAAAGUUCCAGAGGACCGCCGCGAGGAAGCCGAGGCUAAGUUCAAGCAAGCCACCCAAGCCUACGAAAUCCUCCGUGACGAUGAGAAGCGCGAGAUGUAUGACCAGUACGGCAUGGCCGCCUUCGACCCCUCCCGAGGCGGCGGUCCCGGCGGUGCCGAAGUCGAUCUGAAUGACAUCUUGGCGCAAAUGUUCGGCAUGGGCGUUGGCGGCGGAGCAGGCGGACCAAGACGCCCGAGGCGCGGCCGCGACGAAGAGCAGCAGUACAAGGUGACGCUGGAGGAGCUUUACAAGGGCAAGACCGUCAAGUUCUCGGCGAACAAGAAGGUCCACUGCAGCCAGUGCAAGGGCUCGGGCGGCAAGGACAAGGUCAAGCCACAGACAUGCGACCGCUGCAAAGGCAACGGCUUCCAGGAGGCCUUCCAACAGAUUGGACCAGGAAUGGUCCGCAGGGCUCAGGUGCAGUGUGAUCACUGCCAGGGCUCAGGGAACUACUACAAGGAGAAGGACCGCUGCAAGAAGUGCAAGGGCAAGCGCAUUGUUGACGAGAUCAAGCCUCUGGAGAUCUACAUUCCUCGAGGCUCCAUGCAAGGCAAGCAGAUCAAGCUGGAGGGUGAGGCCGACCAGGCCCCCGACCAGACGCCCGGGGAUAUCAUAUUCACGCUCGUCGAGGAGCCGCACGACGUUUUCACGAGGAUUGGCCAGGACUUGUCUGCCGACCUCAACGUCACCCUUGCUGAGUCUCUUUCUGGAUUCUCAAGAGUAGUUCUGAAGCAUCUGGACGGGCGCGGAAUCCACAUCGACUUUCCCCGCGGCAAGAUCUUGCGGCCGAACGAGGUCAUCAAGGUGGCCGGGGAGGGUAUGCCGGUUGAGAGGGGCGAAACGAAGGGUGACCUUUUCCUGAUCGCCAAGAUCGAGUUCCCUGAGAACGGGUGGCUGAGCGACGAGAAGUCGUACGAGGCUCUGCAGAAGCUGCUGCCUCCUCCUGCGGCCCCCAUCGUCACCGAGGAGGUUGAUGAGGUGGACUAUGAAGAGGACGUGGACAUCGAGGAGAUGGGCGCCCACUCUGGAGACCCACGUUUCGGUGGCGACUGGGAGGAUAUGGAGGAUGAAGAGGGAACUACACAAUGCGCCACUCAGUAA